CCCAUCUUCAUCGACCUAAGUCCACAAGUACCAUUUGAACACCGGAACAAAGGGAUAACUCGCCGGAAAAGUGAGAAAUUUGCCUGAAUAAGGGAGAAGUUUUUCCGCAAAACCUGGGAGGCUUUGGGAGUUGAUAGAGAGAUGGAGAAGGCAAGAAGUUAUGAGAAGGACCUUAAUUUUGAGGAAACUGAGCUCAGGCUGGGCUUGCCGGGUUGCGAUGACUCGUCGAGUUUGACUCAGAAGGGAAGCAAGAGGGUGUUCUCCGAUACCACGGACGAUGUUAGAUCAAAGCCAUCUCCAAAUUGCACCGCCCAGAUCGAGAGGGAAGGAGCACCUGUAGCCAAGGCACAAGUAGUGGGAUGGCCGCCGGUCAGAUCCUCCUACAGGAAGAAUAAUUUGCAUGUCACAAAUUCGAUGAAAAAAACCGAGCCCGAGGCUCCCGGGUUCUAUGUGAAAGUGAGCAUGGAUGGAGCCCCUUACUUGAGAAAGAUUGACCUCAAGAAUUACAAGGGAUACCAAGAUCUUCUCAAAGCCUUGGAGAACAUGUUCAGCUGCUUCACAAUAGGUGAUUUUGCAAAGAAGGAAGGCUCUAAGACCUCAGAGUAUGUGCCCACCUAUGAAGAUAAAGAUGGGGACUGGAUGUUGGUUGGAGAUGUUCCAUGGGAGAUGUUUAUCUUCUCUUGCAAAAGGCUAAGGAUCAUGAAAGGGUCAGAUGCCAUUGGCUUGGGAUCCAAUGCUUCACACAUUUCAUCCUAUUGAUUGAGACAUCUAAAGCCAGCCAUGUGAAUGCUAAGGAUUUUGGAAAAUACAUUGAGAAAACACCUUCAGCUUGGGUUCUUCAAGUGGUGAAAGAUCUGGGUUUCUUUUUUUUUUGUCCCACUGAUAUAAAAAAGCAAGAGAGACAAAGAAAAAAGAAAAUAAUGAAAGGAAAUGAAGAUUUGAAAGGGCUUGAAGGGAGAGUUUUUCUUUCUUGUUUCAUGAACUAUGAAAGUCUUAACAAGGGCUGCUUUGGGCCCAUGCAUGUUAGUGUUUGUAAUAAAUAAUAGGACAAAGCCAAAUAUAAAAAUAUAGGCAUAGUGCUUGUUACCCAAUUGUAUAGAAGGAAAAGUUCCUUUCCAAGAUAUAAAUUGGCUAUAUUGGCACAAAGUUUUUUGGAUAUGGGAAUCAUAUGAUAAUUGUAGUUUAGAAAGUCAAGUAGAAUCUAAAUGCUCACAUGAUGUGGUCCACUGUUUUAGCUUAAUUGUGUCCUGACCACAUUAAUGUCUUUGAGCAGUUGCAGCUUGAUUCUAAA